CUCAGCUAGUCCCCGCAACCCAUCCCUAAUUAGCGUCCACCUAAGCCCACAAUGCAUGGACUACUGUACAGGGGAGAUCACCUACAACUCCGCGCAAUACAUCUGGCCAAAAGGGAUAUGUCCAGAUGAAUUUCUGACAACUGAUAUCUCUACCUACAUAUAAAUACAUUCACUAUGCCACAGACCCGAGUCAGCGGCACAUGGAUAGAGAUAGAAUCUAGAAAUGGGACUUGUAGAUUAUUCGGACUCAGACGAGUCAGAAGAAGCUCCUAGUAGCCCUCGCGUGAAGAGACAAAAAACGUCAUCAGAUGACGGUGCAUCUCGAAACACAGCAAACGACGUGCUUCCACCUCUUCCAUCCGCCUUUCACGAUUUAUACGCAUCCACCGUGCGCGUCAGCGCAAACGAUGACCCGACGCUGCACCAGGGUCGGAAGCGCGUGAAUCCUCACAAGGUCGGGCAUUGGCCCAGUCACUUGUACAUCGAGUGGCACCCAACAUCAACAGAGCGGGCGACUCUCACCACCCUCCUUUCCACCCUCCAAUGCAAUCUCAAUGCCGCCUCACCCUCACCCUCACCCCAUCACACCUCUAUAACAACCUUCCUCACCUCUGACCUCGGCGCUCCUCAACCCCUACACAUAAGCCUCUCACGCCCGAUCGUGCUAAGCACGUCGCAAAAAGACGCUUUCCUAUCCUCUCUCGAAUCGCGCAUCCGCACAAGCGGGAUCGCGCCCUUCGAGCUCUCACCAUUAGGUCUCCAAUGGCACCGUACAGAAGAGUCAUCGCGGUCGUUUCUCGUCCUGCGGGUUGGCAGCCGCUCGUCACAUCAUUCCCAUCCCGCCAACAAGCCCCACAAUCUCAGCAAGCCCGAGAAACAAAUAGAUGAGAAGAGUGUUACUAAUAAGAAUGACAACGAUGACACUCAAAAUACGAACCCCCCCAGCCCUCCUAGGACCACCCCUCCCAAAUCUUCAAACCCUCAACUCUCAUCCCUUCUCAGCCACACCAACGCCAUCGCAACAGCCUUCGACCAGCCGCCUCUAUACGCUUGGGCCAAACCCUCUGAUAACGACAGCGGCAGCAACCAAGAGGAUACGCUGGACGGCGCCUUCCACAUCUCCAUAGCAUGGUCCUUCGCCUUGCCGAGCGCCGACCUGCGGCGUCUCACAGAAGAGGUGUUGAACACGGCCUACACCAUCUCUACUACCGAUGCUGACGUCCACGCGCCGGAAUGUGCAAAAACGAUGGGAGACGCAGUGCGAGCCAUGCGCGUUCGUGUCGAGGGCAUCAAGGCCAAGAUCGGGAAUAUCGUGACGCAUAUCCCGUUGAGGAAUCGGAGGGAUGACGGUGGGAGUCGUGGAUUGUUUGGCAUGUAAGCCUUCUUAAGCAUUACAGGGCGUAACAUUUACUGGAUUUUAGAGACUUGC